UGGCGGACGAACGCUUGUUGUUUUGAUUUCAGUACUUACAGGUGAAAAAACAGCUGAAAUAUUUUGCCUACUACCCUCGAUCUCCACAAAUGAGUAGAGUACUGUUCAAGAUUCUAUGCAAACUCGUUCAAAGGCAAACCUACAGCUGUCUAUCCACGCGGUAUGGGAUAAUAUUAUGCUUCGGUGGUAUCCUGCUUUUACUUGUCUCAGCAUUUCAGUUCGGGGAGGUGGUGCUGGAAUGGAGCAUGCAAAAAUAUUCCUUAAAUUUCAACAUUUAUCAUGAUAACGUAGUUGGAAAAUCCUUCCAGGAUCGUCUUUGUCUACCUAUACCUAUAGAUGUUGUGUAUACUUGGGUAAACGGAAGCGAACCUAAACUUAUUUCACAACUUCAGAAACUUAGGCUUGAGCUAGAAGCACAAGAAAACAGGACGAAGAAUGAGAUAUUUAAGAAUGGUUCCGAUGUUCGAAACUCUGAGAAACUACUUAAAAAGGCGAUAAUCUCAAACGCUAAGAGAAGAAAGAGCAAUGAAGGUGUGAGGUCAAGUUUUGACUGUUCGUUUGCAAAUUGUGUACCUGGAAGAAUAUUGGUUCUUCAAAAUGUGCUCAAACAACGUGGGUUGACUCUUAAAGAAGCACAGUCUCUACAUCCUUCCUUUAAACUGGUCUCUGAGGUUCGAAAUUCGACCUUAAAUGGGCCAGAAAAGGAGUAUAUGAGUAUUCUUUAUUUUCCAAAUGCAGACAGCACACGUAAUUCAAUGCAGGAAAGUAUAAAAUGGAAUGGUCAAAGUAUUGAUAGCUAUCAAGGAUACUUUACUACAAAUGCUUCAGAUGCAAGAAGCAUAAAUUCUGAUUAUGAAGUCAUAGUUACUGGUUUUACCAAGUACACUGAUAUAGUCCAGUUGCAGCAAGCAUUACAAGAGCAUUAUGGAAAAUCAAUGAUAGAUAUAAGUUAUGAGCCAAGUAAACAUGUAGCUGUAGUUUACUUUAGAGAUGAAAGCUCAACACAAAGAGUCCUUGAACAAUUUAAGGGGAAUCUCACGGUUGACGAUGGCGCACUGAAAUUCCACCCUGCAUAUUUAGUUUGGUCAAACAUUUUCCCAAAGCCAAAAGAACAGUCAACAAGUGCCUAUGAGGAUAGUGACGAACAUGAUAUCUCAGCCAAUCGGUUUGCAGAUAAUCAGGAAUUGAGAUACUCUCUUAGAUCAAUAGAGAAGUUUGCACCAUGGGUCCGUAAUGUGUAUAUUGUCACUAAUGGACAAAUCCCGUCAUGGCUGAACCUUGAUAACCCCAGAAUCAAGGUUGUUCCACACAAAGAUAUAUUUAAAAACCAGAGUCAUUUGCCAACCUUUAGUUCUCCAGCUAUUGAAAGCCAUAUUCAUAGAAUACCAGGAUUAUCACAGAAAUUUAUCUAUAUGAACGAUGAUGUUAUGUUUGGUGAUAAUGUGUGGCCGGAUGACUUUUAUACUCAUGCCAAAGGUCAAAAAAUAUUUCUUACCUGGCCCGUUCCAAAUUGCAAUGAUGGAUGCCCAGCAAAUUGGAUAUCUGAUAAGUACUGUGACAAAGCUUGUAAUGUAUCUGAGUGUGAUUAUGAUGGAGGUGAUUGCAUUGGAGUCAAGCAAGGAUCAAGACAUUCUUAUCAAAACUGGCAUCAACAGCAAUCCAGAUUCCGAUUAGAUUUCUGCGGAACUGGUUGUGCAGAUACUUGGGUGGGUGACCGUUACUGCGACACAGCUUGCAAUGUUGAAGCAUGCGGGUUUGACGCAGGUGAUUGUGGUGUCUCAAAGUUUGACAUACUGUACAAAGUAGAUAUAAAACAGAACAACCAGAAUUUCUCAUUACCCAGUGGUUUAACAGUAUUGUACUUUAACAUGUCACACUUUUUCCAAGAUGGUAAGAUAACAGAUGCCGAGCACACCGAGGAGACGAUAAUAAGAUCAGCUGUGGUCGCUCAGAAACAUAAAAUACUUACCCUUGUUUUGCGAACCAAUUAUAGCCGUACUCCUGUCUCAUUUAGAAUAACUGGUGUCCCUGAUGCAAAUCAGACCAAGAAAGUAGAGCUUAACUUUAACAUCAGCGUUGAAACAACUGGAACUUAUGUUCCCACAACUGAGCCACCAACCUUCAUGCCGAUUACUCAAAGAUCAACAUUAAACCCAACUUUAAAUGUAGUGAUGGAAAGAAGCUACAAAGAAAUUAGAAUUCUUUAUGCAAAUAAGUCUAUCAAUUAUUGGAAUGUUGUCAAUAGCAGUUUUCCGAGACCAACUUGGAUGGUGAUUGACAGCUCAAAAUAUGAUGUUCCACAUCUAUCAAAUGAUACAAUUCUUCCCCAAGAAGUCAGUAAGGCUCUGCAGAGUCUUCAAGAGGAAUUUGCCGAAGGAGAUCUCACAGAGAAGGGCUACAGAAGGCGCAAGGCAAAGCUCCUGAGAGAAUAUUUCAAUAAUGCCAGUUACUAUGACAACCGUGCUACAAAUAACCAUGGUAACGUUAAGACAACGGUGAUAAAUGUGUCAAUUGAUUCAAGCUUGUUUGAAGAACAAUAUGUGAAGCUAAACAAAAGAAAGGGCGAAUAUAAGGACCUGGAAACAGAAGACAAAAGUAAACGAGAAGUAGAGAGUGAAAAUCCAAAGGCUUCAAACAAAGAGCAGAACUUUAACCGCCGUCUUCUAUCGGUGGAUGACGCUCAAGAAGAUUUAAAUUCCCUUGCACCAGAUAAUACUAAAGGGUCUUUUGGAGGCGGAAAACAGAAAGAAGAGUCACUAAGACCAAGUGAAGACGAGCUAUUUCUUGCCAAUUGGAUCGCAAACACGAAGCGCAAACAACUUUCUUACGACGAAGACAUGGAAAAAAGCUACCGGAAAUGGAGGUCACGUUACGGGGACUGGAACCCAAAGACGCGCGCUACAGACACGAGUUUCCUACCCUGGGAAAGACAUCAGAUUUUUCAGCUUUCAGCAAAACGCGAACAGCGCCGGCAAAAGCAAGAGGAAUACACCUUUUCUACUGGUUAUCGUAGCCGGAAAAUCUUAGACACUUUUGCUGAUUCCCUCCUUCACGUUCAUCGUAUCUACAACCGGAAGUUUGGUUACAUCGCGCGUAAGGUUCCCGCCCACAUGCCUCAUAUGAUCGACAUCAACAUUAUGAACGAAUUACAGGAUAUGUUUCCGGAGGAGUUUGAUGUGACGUCAUCGCAUAGGUUGCGCAGCUCUGACGACAUGCAGUUUGCGUUUUCGUACAACUACUUUGUGAUUGGUCAACCGUCUUCAAUCAACGUCACUGAGUUUUUUAUCGAACUUGACUCGGAUCACUCAGGUCAACUGUCCGAUCGAGAGUUACGCACUCUGGCCGCAAAAAUAUACCCUCUCCCUCUUGACUCAGCCACGAUGAAGAAGCUAGAAAAAACACUUAUCGACUGCUCACUCAAUAUGACCAAACCUCUAGACAAGAAGACCUCCGCGUCCACCCUACCUGUGGUCACCGAAUCACUGCUCAGCGCAUGCGCUCCAAUACUAAACCUCUUAAACGACACCAAAAAAACAUCGAAGAAAUACAAGCACGAGACUCUGGGAGACGACGAUAUAGCCUUCAAAAUGAUCGGCAACAACGCUACAGCCGUUCUCCGACAACUCGACAACAUUCGCGCCAACAAGAAAAAAUUUAUCUGCUUGAACGACAACAUCGACCACUCGCAAGACGCUAGCACAGUGCGAGCGCUUCUGGUCGACUUCUAUGAGUCGUUCUUCCCCAUACCCUCUCAGUUUGAAUUGCCCGCUGAUUACCGGAACCAGUUUCUUUACGUUGAUGAACUUCAAGAAUGGAAGAAAGAAAGACAGGAGAUAGAUUCUAGGACCAAAACAGUUAUAGCUGUCCUGGCGUUAGUGUUAUUAGUGAUUCUAUUUCGUCGCAAGUUGUAUGGGCUGGUUAGAUACUUGAAUCCUUUUCGAAGGCGUUUGAUCACUAGUGUCUCGGGAUCUGGAUCGACUCGACUCAUGAGCGUCUGAUUUGAUUGACAUGUGUGGUGUUUCCACAGGGUCGGCGGUGGCGGCGCGGCGCGGCGGUGACAUCAUCCAGUUGAACCAGAGUCAUCCAAUCAGGAAUUUCUCGCACCAAAUAUCUGUGAUGUCCUGUUUGAAGUGUCUCGCGCAAACGUCGUGCGUAAAAACUGAGAGUAACCUCUAGACUCAGUAAGAUCGUUUUGUUCAUAAAUCAAACUUACCUGAAAACUGUCUGGAUCGGCGCUGCGAGUCAGCUUCAAGGUCACGUGAAGUUUACCUCUAACGAUACACUCUGUAAUUUCUCUCGUGCCGGCAAUGCAACAGUUAAGAUUUCAUUUGCAUCAAGAAGGUGAAAGACCACCUCCCUGGUUGCAUUUAAAGCGCGAGGAAUUGCGGCGUAAGCCAUGUCUUGCAACAACAGUGCGCUAACGAUCGCAGAAAAUUCAUGUUUGCGUUGCCAUCACAAGAGGAAAUUGUAUUGCGUAUCGACAACUUUUAACUUGAAAGUUAGAACUUUUAAACUGAUGCAUUGUGGUCUAGCUUCAGUACGAACAACACCAUACAUGGAGUGAUGUGUGCUAUCUCGAAAAGGUCUUUGUAGCUGGCCUUAGGAAAUGACAAGAUUGAAGGUCGUGACAAUCAGGGGGGAUCAGGGGGGGACAAAGAGAAAGAAUGAAAUCCAUAAAAAUAUGUAAAAAAAUAUUUGAGAAAACUCAAAUCAUAAGAUUGGGAAUUAUAAAUAAAAGAAUUAUUUGUGGUGCAAUUUUAACAUUAUUGGAGAGAUAUAUAAAACUAUCCACAUAAUUCAGGAAAAAAAGUUGAAACGAGAAUUGAAAAUCUUUUGCCUAUCUGACAAUGUACUUAACCAAUCUAGCUUGACAGCCUCUCUUGUAGCCACCUGGAACAUUCUGUUCUAAUAUGGUGGUAGAACUUUAAUAUUUUAUUCACAUACUACAGUACAAUUCCCAAAUACAAAAGUAAAAAAGAAUAUCAAAUGCAAAUAUGAACAGUUCCAACUUAGAGCUGCAUAUCAUUAUUGUCAAUAGGUGGACCUUUUUAAUAAAUUCCACAAUGAAUUAUUUUCCAGAGUUUGAUGUCAAAUUUAUUCUUUCAAUAUUAUUUAAAACAAAUAAAUUUGACCUCAAAGGUGAAAAAUAUGGCAGUAUGGGAUUUAUCAAAAGGGUCUUAGACUUGUCUUCGCCAGAAUUGAAAUUAAAUAAAGACAAACGAAACAAAAAAUGGAAAAAA